AUGGCUCCAUCACCGAAAGAUGCUGCCGUGAAAGCGGGAAAUGCUCUCACUGGCUCAGCAGCCGCGGAGUUCAAGAAGGAGUCCACAGCAGCACGUUUACUUGGUGCAGGAUGCGCGGGAAUCGCCGAGCUGUUGGUCUUUCAUCCGGUCGACACCACCGCCAAACGCUUGAUGAGCAACCAGGGCAAGAUACGAUCGGCAUCUCAGCUCAACUCCGUCAUAUUCAGAGACAAAGCACACGCGCCUGUUGGAGGCCGAUUCUUCUCCCUAUUCCCCGGCCUGGGAUACGCCGCCGCAUAUAAAAUCUUGCAGCGGGUCUAUAAGUACGGAGGGCAGCCAUUCGUGCGGGACUACCUGGCAAAGAAUCACGGAAACAGCUUUGAUAGGACAUUCGGAAAGGGCAAUGGCAAGGCGAUCAUGCACGCGACGGCUGGAAGCUUGAUUGGCAUUGGUGAAAUCGUCAUUCUACCUCUCGACGUCCUCAAGAUCAAGCGACAAACAAACCCGGAAGCUUUCAGGGGGCGUGGUGUCAUAAGAAUCAUUGCAGAUGAAGGCUUCGGACUGUAUCGAGGCUGGGGCUGGACGGCUGCGCGCAAUGCGCCGGGAUCAUUUGCACUUUUCGGAGGCUCCGCCGCUGCCAAAGAAUACCUGUACAAACUGAACGACUACAACAAGGCCUCCUGGAUGCAGAACUUCGUCGCGUCAAUCGCUGGUGCUAGCGCCUCGCUCAUUGUAUCUGCGCCACUGGACGUCAUCAAAACUAGGAUCCAGAACAAGAAUUUCGAAAGCAAAGAGAGCGGCUUCAGGAUCAUUUCAAACAUGGCCAAACACGAAGGUUUCACCAGCUUCUUCAAGGGCCUGACGCCCAAGCUACUGAUGACCGGACCGAAGCUAGUGUUCUCCUUCUGGCUGGCGCAAACGCUGAUACCAGCUUUUGACAAAGUGUUGUAG